ACAAAAAGGCAAGGCUGCGUCCCUGGAAGGCCAAGAGGCCGAGAGAGGAGUGUUCAAGCUGCGGCAGUAGCGUGAGAAGGAGCGUCGUCUUCAGCUGUCAACUCCUCCAACCACUGUCUGGUCACAGCUAAUAACGGCGGAGCUCAGGAUUCCACCACCACCGCAACCACCAGCCCCUGUAGUCUAGUCCAUCCCCGACUAGUCUAUUUAGCCCACUAACGUGCAAGAGCGGAUAUGUAUGGCCUGUUUGACAGUGCUGCUUAUUAAGGACUUCCAUUGAUCUACAUUUCUCUUCAUUCAUCCGCAAUGUGUUUCCUCUUCUCAAGACUAAUUCAUCUCAUUUUAUGUCCGUUGAAUUUGAUCCUUCGUUGGAAUCAGUAAAUCUAGCAUUUGCUUCAGUUGAUGGAGACAGAUGCUGAGAACAAUGGUAAAGCAACAGGAAUGAAUCCGCUGGCCUUGAUACCUAUGGCAGCGGAAACAUCUGGUGAAGGUUUACCUUAUGCACCUGAGAAUUGGCCUGAACCUGGUGAUUUUUGGGGUUGGAGAACUGGUAAGAGAGUUGCUCAGAAUGGGCAUUUCUUGGAUAGGUACCUGUAUCUUCCUAUGCGUCUUUCUCGUUCUGAGAACCCAGGCUCAAGUCGCAAAAGUAGGGUUUGCUUUUCUAGCAAGCUUUCAGUUGAACGCUACAUCAAAUCAAAUUUUCCAGAAACUGAUAUUGAUGCAUUCUUUGCUUCGUUUAGCUGGAAGAUUCCAUCCAUACCAUCUACACCAACGAAAGGAAGCUCAGAGCCUAUAGUUGCUGUUCCUCUCCGACAGAUUUCACAUAAUGCAUAUACAGCAUCUGAGUUAAAGUCUGACUCUUGUGGUUGUAAAGUCAACAAUAAGAAGUGCAACAGUCAGAAGCUGAAAAAAGCAGAAGAUGGUUUACCAGCUAUGCCUUGUGAUAUUUGCUGUGCUGAACCUGGAUUUUGCCGUGAUUGUUGCUGCAUUCUUUGUUCCAGAACUGUUGAUUCAGCUUACAGGGGCUAUAGUUACAUCAAGUGUCAGGAAAAGGUUGACAAUAAUAUCUGUGGGCAUAUUUCACAUCUGGAAUGCGCUCUUCGAUGUCGCAUGGCUGGAACAGUUGGUGGAAGUAUUGGAUUGGAUGCUGAGUAUUAUUGCCGACGUUGUGAUGGGAGGACUGAUCUGAUUCCUCAUGUUAACAAACUUCUACAGAUCUGUAAAACUAUUGAUUCUAGGGAUGACGUCGAAAAAAUUUUAAAUGUUGGCACUUGUCUCUUGCGUGGUUCAAAUAAAGCUAUUGCAAAGGAGCUGCUGAAUCAUAUCGAAUUGGCUAAUUUGAAGCUUAAAUGUGGGGCACUUGUUGAAGAUAUCUGGAAGGAGAAGGGCAAUCAUGCCGCUUAUCCUGCUGGCUUCGCAGAGAAUGGCCAUGCUGCAAUGGAUAUAGAGCCACAAGAGAGCCCUUCAAAUGUUAGAGGAUCAGAAUCCUAUAUUCGUCCGACCAGGUCGAUAAAACUUGAGAUGGAGAUUGAUCAAGUUCUUCAGAAUCUUCGAAAGUCACAAGAAUAUGAGUAUAAAUUGGCAGAAGAAAGACUUCAUGCCCAGAUGAAUUAUGUGAACAAUUUGUACCAGCAACUGGAAAGUGAGAGGUAUGAGCUUGCGCGUCCAAGAUCCUCAUCUUCUUCUUUGGUCGUAUCUGAUCAUGCUAUCAGAAAAAGAGAGGAACAGAUAAGACUGGAAACUCAGAAACUUGAGGACAUGAAAAAGGUAGCCGAUGGCUUUGGCAGUAUAGACCAGGAUAUAUUAAGGGAACACUUUGGCAUAGGAAAUACACAUUAAGAUUGUAAAUGUAUCUGCAGUUGCUCCUCAAAAUUUUCAUUACCGUUAUUUUAGAUGUCUUUGGCAUAAAGGUUCGCUUGAUGUACAAAUUGAUCAAAGGUAGCGGAAAUUUUAGUCUAGACCUUUCUCUUU